AUGUCAGUCCGCUUUACGCUGGCGGAGCGGCAGCUCAAACUGCUCAAGCACGGGCUGCAGAGCCUGCAGAAGAUCGGCAACGAGCUGUUGCUGGAGGCACUGCCCACGAGGGUCGUGCUGCGCACCAUUAACUCCUCUCUCAGUGCCUACUUGUCGGUCACGUACAGUGCUAGUUUUUUUGACAGCUAUGAUGUGCUCGACUGCACCGUGGUGCAAGCCGGUCUUCUGAUAAAGCAUGUGCUGUCGGUGUUCCGAACUCAAAGGGUGAACAACAUCCUGUUUGACCUCGACACGGCCCUCUGCAAGGCCACCAUCACCUUACACUGCGAGAAUGGCCUCGUGAAGAGCUACAGGCUGCCCACGAUGGACUCGGAGAUCCUGCAGGCCACUGUGGACAAGCAACAGUUUGCGGUCCGGCUGACUGCAGAGACACCCGCCAUUGCGCGCCUGCUGUCCAGCUUCCAUGCAGGGCUGGAGGAGGUCACCAUUUUGGCGCUACCAGAGGGCAGCCACCGCCCCGUGCACGUCAACAGCUUCAUCGACCCGCAGAAAGGUCAUGUAGAUAAGUCGCUGUACACGUCGGUGCAGGUGGAGCCUAUCGAAACCUUCUUGACCUAUGUAAACAGCGCAGAUGAGGCCACUGAUGUGACUUUCAACAUGAAAGACUUCAAGGCCAUUCUAAGUUUAUGUGAGAACCUGGGCACCCACAUCAAGCUCUGCUUCGACAGCCCUGGCAACCCGCUGGUGGCAGAGCCGCACUUCCCUAACGUCAAUGGUCAGGAUGUGGACUAUGAGGCAGAGCUAAUUCUGUCCACCCUUUUGGAGAGCCAUGCGGGAGCGGCAGCAGAAGAGGUGGCUAUGGACGCAGGCGACCGCCCGGCAGGCAUCGCAGCCGGCAGUAACUUGCGCACACCAGGCGGCAUCGGCGCUGACAGCCCUACUGGCGAUGCCAAAGUGCGGUGA